AACCUUUGCACCCACCAUUUUCCCCGGAAAAAAAAACAUGGACGCUGUUAAAACUUUUUGCGCGUCUUGGCGGGUAAUGGAUAAACAAGAAACCGGCUCUUUUUGGAAGCGACCAAGCGAGAGCUGUCACUGAACUGUUUAGAAUGAAAGAUAGAAUGCCAGAAGGAAAUGAAAGUGAACGGGAUCAUCCCUGGAGACCUUGAAACUGAUGCAAAGUGUACCACCCCAAGCACAUGCCACAAGACCUCUGUGAAGACUGGAAGCCUCCAGAAGCUCUUAAAUCCACUACCCAAGCAGGUCCUUCCCCUGAAAACCCCUGAACUGGAGCCGAAGGCCAAGAGCCUCACUUCAAGCCCGCCAAGCCGGAGCCAGGCCAUCGGAGAGACCUGGGACAGCGCCUCUGUCCGCAGUCCGCAUGCUGCAAAGCUCCGCUUUCCCACCCCUCACCCCUCAAUUAAGAUUGGCAAGGAUGCCUGCCUGGUGCCAUUCAGGGUAGGCCACAGCCGGUCCAGCCCGGGCGUGUCUCGUCUGGAGAAAGACUCUCAGAGGAGCGGGAUCCUGCAGACGAAUGGCUGUAGCAAAUCCAAGGAAAGGUCUUCUCAUCCUGUGACUACCCCAGCAGGAGGCAGCAGCAUGGUGUCAGCACGCGCCUGUGCAAAGAGGAAGGGGGAGCAUGUGGUAGAUGGCGGUAGGGAUUUGAAGAGGCCCCGUUUCCAGGAUUUGAGACUGUCCCUCACGACCAAAGGCUGCGAGCCCGCUUUGGAUCACAGCCAGAAGCCGAACAACAAGGCAAGGCUGCAGCCGCAGGAAGUGGCCGCGCCCGCACGCAGCCCACCAAGGUCAUGGACCCCUGCCACUGCCACCUCGCCUACUGCUAUAGGACGCACAGAGCAGCCCCAUACCUCUACCUCCCCACGGGUUGGGGCAGCGUCUGGCACGGGCGAUGACGCCCUUGCGGGCUCUCACUGCCGUGAGCUCCCGAACAGUCCAGCGAAAGGAAGCGCAGAGAACUCGGGCUUCCUGGACGGACCGGAGAGAGGGAGCGACGAGGACUGGGACCUGUCGGGCCCAGAGCUUGACCUGGGGCCGUCUGUGGAUGGGAACAGCAGUACUGACAGUACAGACAGUGAAGGUGAGCCACUGCUGUCCCUGCAGGAGAUCCUGGACCGCAGCACCCGCCCUCCUGCCACCCCAGAGAAGGGCGUCUUCGCCGAGCCUCGCACGCCCGUCCACAAGUUACCCCCUCUAGCAGACAAAAGCAGGCCUGUGAAUUACAGGAACACCCUAGAGCAGAUGCUGAAGGAGAAGGAGGAGAACCAGAGGUCGAAAGAUACCGAGCUGAAGCUGCUUAUGUCCUGCGAAGAGAACCUGCUGAAACUGGAGGAGGACAGUCCUAGUGAUGGCGCUGCAGAGGAGGGCAUUUCACCUGAGCACAGGGCGAUCCUGAAGAGGUUUUCUCUGGUCUCCAACGGUAUCCCAGACGUACACCCGGGAGAGGAAGUGUUCACUUUGUCCAACUUCGGCCGGUUCUUUACCCAGCAGAGCCUGGACCUGAGGAGCUGUGCAGUGACUCCGCAGACCACAGCUCAGAAAAUCCUCCUACAGGCCAGUCCAGAUGAGCUGCUCUUCCUCAUCAGCACAGGGAUGCUACUGAAGGCAUAUCGCUCUUCCCCCUGCCAGCCCGCUGUGACUGGCUGGCUCUUCCAGAUGAUGUCAGUUCACUUGGACCGAAAGACUUCCACUCAGAUUCUUCGGUCGAUGAAGGACAUCGCCUUAAUUGCUGCCGACCAAAUAACGGUGAACAAGAGCAGGAAGUUUGAGGUGUGGACGCCCAGCAUUCAGGACGUAGUGCUCAUCUUCCUCAACAUGGGGGUCCCAUUUGCCACCCUGUUCCCCCUGGAGGCGCUGCAGCCCCCCUUCUCUGAGGCAGACAUUUUGCAAAGCUCGAACUGUUCGGAGGAUGGGAGCAGCGAAAAGCAGGAACCACGCUCUUUUCCAGAGCACUGUUUUGAGAAUGUCAUCAAGUACCUGGCCCUGUGCAUGGCGCUGUGUCCCAGAGCCUACGGCGAUGGGGAGCUGCUGCUGCUGCUGACGAUGGUUUGCAGAGCGAGCCUGGAGACUCGGCUGCAGCUGCUGCCCAUGGAGGACACGUGCUGGCUCCUGCACCACCUGCUGAACAACACCAGAGACUGGGACUCCCAGGCAAGCUCCGCUCUCUGCCCGUGCACACCACGUCUUCUUUACAGCCUCCGCCUACUUAUUCAGAGGACCUGUGACCUCUGCCCUCUACUCAGGCCCACCUAAACCCCCUUUCAGCCUUCUCUAUUCUUCAGUUUUUUAGAGAAACUCUACAUAACAAAAUUCACAAGUGAAAAUGAAGGUGCAGCAGGUAGCAUAAUUCACACCCUCAGAAACCCACGAGUGGCCUGUAGCUCAGUCCAAGCAAUCUCUCCCUUGCCAUCACAGUGUAUUUUGUGGCUGGAACUUGUCUGGCUUCAGUUUAUUUCAUCUUUAAUGGCGCAAAUGACUUCUCUGUAUUGAUUUCCAGUUACCUCAGAUAUGCGUAGCAUUGACUGACCUGACGGAGAAUCACCACAACCUUCGUCGGCUAGUGCAACUGCUGCCUGACCACAAACGCGGAAAGCAACUCAGGAAACAUCUUAGUUUGUCGAUCAUCUCCAAGCUUUUAAACCGCAGAUGCACAUACAAGCCCGUUGCCACUGAAUUU